AUGAAGGAGAAAGAGCCCUCCUCCUACAAACAACCUACACUUGUGCUCAAUUCACACACCUUACUCACUAACUGCACAUAUAAAUACUCUCCUCCACUCAUCAUCAACUCAUCAUCAUCUGUCUCUAUCUCCCACUACCAAAACAACAAGUUGAAAAUGAGUGUUAUUCCCUCAUUUCUGAUCUUGUCUCUCCUUCUGUUGAUCCAUAGUAGUAAUGGGUUUGACAUCACCCAAAUCCUGAACCAAUACCCGGAUUUCAGCAACUUCAACAGCUACCUCACACAGACCAACCUAGCGAGCGCCAUCAACAGCCGCAACACGAUCACCGUCCUUGUCGUGGACAACGCCAACAUUGCCUCCCUUUCGAGCAGAUCACCCGACGUCAUCAAGAACAUCCUCAGCGUACACAUCAUCCUCGAUUACUACGAUGUCACCAAGCUCCAACAGCUCACGGCCACCUCUCCCCUCCCCACCACCUUUUUCCAGAGCACCGGCCUCGCUCUAGGCCAGCAAGGCUUCUUGAACGUGACUCACCCGAGCACAGCUAGCAUCACAUUCGGCUCUGCCAUGCCCGGCUCCACCCAAAGCUCCACCCUUGUCAAGUCUGUCACCUCAGAGCCUUACAACUUAUCAAUUCUCCAAAUCAGCAGUCCCAUCAUUCCCCAAAGCAUUGAUGGUGUCAAAACCUCAGCCCCCGCGGCCACCACUGCCGCCACGGCCACUCCCCCUCCCCCUCCCCCAGCACCCGCCACUGCCAACGCCACCACCACCACUCCCCCUCCCCCAGCACCCGCCACUGCCAACGCCACCACCACCACCACCACUCCCCCUCCCCCAGCACUAGCCACUGCCAACGCCACCACCGCCACUCCCCCACCCGCCAAUGCCACAGCCACAGCCACUCCUCCACCCGCCAAUGCCACGGUCACGGCCCCACCAACACCAGCUCCCCCAACCAAGGCUGCUGCCCCUCCAACUAAGGCAGCAGCCCCAACAAAGGCUGCUGCCCCAACCAAGGCGGCUGCUCCAACUAAGGCGGCUGCGCCAACCAAGGCGGCUGCUCCAACUAAGGCGGCUGCGCCAACCAAGGCAGCUGCCCCAACCGUGGCGACCACUCCAUCUGAUGCCCCGGGCUCAGCCUCGUCCCCUGCUGCAUCGGCAGAUGAUACUCCGGCAUCAGAUGAACCGGGUUCGAGCACACCUGCAGCCAAGGGUGCAGCAGCGGCGCUAGAAAUUGGCGUGGCCGUGGUAUGCACAAUGGCGUUGUCCACUCUCCAGCUAGCAUCAACGAUAUGA